AAAGCAAGUAACGAAUAGACGUGACUAGCGUGCAUUAUCGAGACGGCGCUGAAAAACCACUGCAACAACAGAGGAUUACUCUGCCCUUGAAGUCGAAUUUCAGAUCUGCUGAGGUCUACAAGAGCUCAACUGACUAUUGAAUAUGUCUAAGAAACGAGGUCUUUUAGAGCGCUUGGAAGCAGGGGAGGUCGUCGUUGGAGACGGGGGGUUCCUAUUUUGUAUGGAAAGGCGUGGAUAUGUGAAAGCGGGGCCAUGGACCCCAGAAGCAACAGUGGAAAAUCCUGAAGCUGUCCGUCAACUUCAUCGUGAGUUCCUCCGUGCGGGAGCUGACGUCAUGCAGACGUUUACGUUUUACGCAAGCGAUGACAAGCUGAAAAAUAGAGGCAAUGACGCAUCKCAGAAGAUUGGGUGUGAAGCUGUCAAUCAAGCUGCGUGUGACCUAGCCAGGGAAGUAGCUAAUGAGGGUGAUGCUCUGGUCGCCGGUAAUAUUUGCAACUUGCCAUCCUAUCUUUCUGGUGGAAGCAAAGAAGAAUGCCAAGCACAGUUCAAGAAACAGCUUGAAGUGUUUAUCAAAAACGAUGUGGAUUUUUUGAUUGGGGAGCUAUUCUUACACGUGGAAGAGGCRGAAUGGGCCAUUGAGGUCAUGAAAGAGACUGGAAAGCCCGUAGUGUGUUGCUUGACUAUUGCGUCAUCAGGAGAUUUCAAUGACGUCAGCGUUAAGGAUUGUACGCUGCGUAUUGCUAGGGCAGGUGCUGAUGUUAUUGGUGUCAACUGCUACUUUGAUCCUGAUGUGUGUUUGCAAACCAUCCGUAUYAUGAAAGAGGCGCUUGACGAGGCGGGAAUCAAGAAGCACUUGAUCACGCAGCCGAUUGGCUAUAAGACUCCAGAGUGCAUGGAUGGGAAAUCGAAAUUGGGAAUGACUGGGCUAGACGAGUUCCCAUUAGCUCUAGAAACACGGCUGCUUACUCGCUGGGAUUGCCACAAGUACGCUCGCGAGGCCUACGAGAUUGGUGUUCGUUACAUUGGUGCGUGCUGUGGCAUGGAGCCUUAUCACGUGAGGGCKAUUGCUGAAGAGCUUGCCAACGAAAGAGGGAAAUUCCCUGCAGGCAGCGAGAAACAUUGUCCGUGGGGCGAGGCACUAAAGCAACAUAAUUAUCCAUGGGUCAGAACAAGAUCAACUCGAUCUUUCUGGGAGAACCUCCAACCAACAAGCGGCCGACCCUAUGCAUCAAGCCUGAGAAAGUUUGAUCCCGUGUUUUCCUUGAAUACGGGGCAUUCAGAUAUGAAACAAUACAGUGAAAUGACCACCGAAGAAGAAAUGAAGAGUUUGCGCAGAAGAGUCAACAAACCCUGAUAUUKUGGUCUUUGCCCAGACAAGAAAUAUCACAACGCACAGUGGGAAUGGCAAAAAAUGUCAAAAGUCCUUGAUUUCUAAAUAAAAUAUGAAGUGAUUUUUCAAAUAUACAUUUUGUAGAUAAAUAAAUGAUGGAAGAKUCUUUUAAGGUUUAUAAUACUUUAUUUGACAUUUUCAUCAAACAAUAACUAAAAAUGCAUGCCUCUUAUAUUUUAUAUAGCUUAAAAUUUCCUUUAACUUYAAGUUAUUUACUGCCAAAUACGUUCCAUGUUUAUUUCAGUUUCAGGUACAGAUUAAGACGAGCAGAAACUGCUGUAAUAUUAUUCAGGGCGAAUUAAACUGAGCUGCAACAAUUAUAGAACCAAAUAUAUCAUUAUUUUUACAGGUAUUCCUUCAAAGCAUCGUAGAUUUCUUCUGCAUGACUGUUACUUAUGGAAACUUAGCAAAAAGAUUCUAAUCGUCAAAGUGUUCAYCAUGAUCUUGAAUAAUGUAUUUCGAAUCAUGAAACUAACCCCUAUCUGAUCAUGUUUUUAAAGUGUUGUCUAUAACAAUMCCGAUCGCAUGAAACGUUUUGGGAUUGUAUUUUAAUAAAAAUAUAAAUAAAAAUAUAAAUGAC